AUGUUUGUGACGCGAUCCAACAACAUCAAGGACAUUUUGACAUUAUCACUGUCGACACAUACUGUCCCGCCGAUCUUACGAUGGUUGCUGCCAUGUGUAUUGGUAUUAAUAUUAAUUUUAUGUCAUGCCAUUCCAAUGACUGGUAUGCAUGUGUUUGCUCCUGCUCCAAUCGUUUACACCGGAAACGGAAAUACAGCACAAGUUGGAUUCAUCACCGACAUUAAUAACGAUCAGUUGCAAGAUGUUGUGCUAACCUAUUAUCAGAGAGAUUAUAAUUUUGCUUCCACUGUGAUCUACCUCAAUAAUGGUUGUGAAUUUGUGAGGCAUUCCAAUCCAUUGGAACCAGUGGUGUAUUGUAAGCAAUAUUUCCUGAAUCAAAAAAUGAUCAAGUGGGAAACAGACCCACCAGUGGUCACACUCCACAUUCCAAAUGAUACUUUCUCUGGUGUGAUUGCUUUGCCUUAUCAUCCCAUUGAAAUUCCUGCCAUUAUCUUUGCAAUGAGUGGCGUCAAGAUUGGAACACCGAUGGAAAAAUUUUAUAAGGGUGACACCCAAGUUCAAUAUCAUGCCAUUCAAAAAAGUGACGAUAUUUAUAUAGGACAGCCUGGGCCUCCAAGCUCGUCCUCAUCGAGUUCUUCGGGUGGAAGUGGUGGCUCUGGUGGUGGCAGUAGUGACAACAGCGGCGGUGGAAGUGGAGGAGCUGGUGGUGGUGGAGGUGGAGAAGGUGGAUCUGUCAGUUCUUCCAGUUCUAGUGGUGGCAGUGGUGGUAGUGGUGGAAGUAGUGGAGGUGGUGAAGCUGGAGGUGGUGGAGGUACCACAGGAGGAACGGGGAGAGGUACUGAAGGCACUGGAAGAGGGUCUUCAUCGAGUUCAUAG